CAUAGCACUCCAACGUUCAACCAAACAAUGCUUCGUUUCCUACAUGAUCGCGUAUCUUUAAUUAAUGCACAUUAAAUUAGGCGUCUACUCAUCUUUCAUGUGCCAAAAACUUGAAUAACAUAUUAGUACUAGGUCUAUACUUUGACUAUCAUUUCCAAGGUCUAAGACUGAACAACUUGGAAGUGAGAAAACCACAAGCUGGAUAUGGCCAUUCAAGCAACUUUCAUAGCAGAUCCAGUUCUCAUUUCAAGCCCAUCAAGAAUCUCCAUCAGAGGUUGGGAGCAAUGUAUUGGGUCUUUUAUGUUGAAAACGAGGCCUAGGCAUCUGAGGCUUUCAAAUGGAGGCAGAGUCAGAGCAAGAGCUUCUCUGAACACUGAUUUGAAAGCGGUUGGCAUUCCUCAUCAGUGGUACAAUGUUGUUGCAGAUCUUUCAGUGAAACCUCCUCCCCCACUGCAUCCUAAAACAUUUGAACCAGUCAAACCUGAAGAUUUAUCUCCUCUAUUUCCUGAUGAGUUGAUUAAGCAGGAGGCAAGCACUGACAAGUUCAUUGAUAUCCCGGAAGAAGUUCUUGAUAUUUACAGUCUCUGGCGCCCAACUCCAUUGAUCAGAGCAAAGAGGUUGGAAAAGCUUCUCGAUACACCUGCCAGAAUUUACUACAAGUAUGAAGGUGGCAGCCCAGCCGGAUCCCAUAAACCCAACACUGCAGUCCCACAAGUUUUUUACAAUGCGCAGCAAGGCAUCAAGAAUGUUGUGACAGAAACUGGUGCUGGCCAAUGGGGAUGUUCAUUGGCCUUUGCGUGCAGCUUAUUUGGUCUUGACUGUGAGGUGUGGCAGGUUCGCGCUUCUUAUGAUCAGAAACCAUAUCGUAGAUUAAUGAUGGAGACCUGGGGUGCAAAGGUACACCCAUCUCCAUCAAGCAUUACCGAGACUGGGAGGAGAAUUCUCCAGAUGGAUCCGUCAAGUCCAGGAAGUUUAGGAAUAGCUAUAUCAGAAGCUGUAGAGGUUGCAGCUAAAAAUGCUGACACCAAGUACUGCUUGGGGAGUGUGCUGAAUCAUGUUUUGUUGCAUCAGACAGUCAUAGGUGAGGAGUGCAUAAAACAAAUGGAGGCUAUUGGUGAAACCCCUGAUGUGAUAAUAGGAUGUACUGGUGGAGGGUCCAAUUUUGCAGGACUCAGUUUCCCAUUCAUCCGAGAGAAGCUCAAUGGGAAAAUCAACCCUGUCAUAAAAGCUGUUGAACCUGCAGCAUGUCCUUCACUGACAAAAGGUGUAUACGCAUAUGAUUAUGGAGAUACAGCAGGAAUGACUCCAUUAAUGAAGAUGCACACUCUAGGACAUGACUUCAUUCCUGACCCUAUUCAUGCUGGUGGAUUGCGUUACCAUGGCAUGGCUCCAUUAAUUUCUCAUGUGUAUGAAUUGGGUUUCAUGGAAGCAAUGGCAAUCCCUCAGAUCGAGUGCUUUCGAGGUGCCAUACAAUUUGCUCGGUCGGAAGGACUAAUACCAGCACCGGAGCCAACUCAUGCAAUCGCUGCUACCAUAAGGGAAGCACUGCAUUGUAAAGAGACUGGAGAAGCAAAGGUUAUUCUCAUGGCAAUGUGUGGACAUGGCCAUUUUGACCUGAAAUCUUAUGAGAAGUAUUUGCAAGGAAAGAUGGUUGACUUGUCAUUCGAUGAGGAGAAAAUAAGAGCAUCAUUGGACAAAGUUCCUCAGGUGACAAGAAAUUGAGCCGGUACAGGUGGUGCUAUGGAGGAUGGACAUUUUAGAUUAAAAGGAGAAAAUAUUUAUUGUUUGGUGAACAAGAGAUUUUUUGCUAUUAGAUGCUUUUUAUUGAAAUUUAGUUGUUGCAAUUAGGCUUUCAAUAAAAUACAAGACACAGACAACAGCAUUUGCCUUGGUCUGAAUCAGUGGUUCUGUCUUCUGCCACCACAAUUACUUGUUUUCUUGUUAUAAAACGUCACUCUUUGUUA